UGAUGCUGCUGCCACUUUGCUACCUCCACCCGUGCUAGAAUUUCGUCGCUGUCGCUUGCAGAGAGCGGAGGAAACUUGUCGCUCAGCAGAGACCCCGCGGCAGUCGUGAUCUCUCGCACCGGCCACGUGGGUUAUCCUGGUCACUUGUGCGACGUUUGUUAACCUACUGCUGGAUGAAGCCCUCCCCACGCCGUGUCGAUCCUGGAGGUUCAACCAUACUUGACCACGCUGGUCAGUGCAGCGAGCAAUGGGUACGACGGAUGAGAACAACUUGCAAGAUGCCCGCUCCGUGGAAGCACUCACAGCUAAGUUCGUAGAGCUCUACCAGAGCGCCGUCGACGGCGGCUUAACUCCACGCGAGGCAAGGGACGCGUUAAUGCAGUGCCUGAGCAAGCCUAGGCGCCCGAUCGUACAAAAAGCACCUAAGAGACGCAUCCGGCCACCGAGCCGGAAGAUGGACGUGGGCCACCCGCCUCUACUGUGCCCUUACCCCGGCGAGACUGUGCGCCGUGGCAGCCCUGGCUGCCUCGAUCGUGUUGGCCGUGGCCAAGGGCGACUCGCUGUUCUCCGAGCCCUGCCUCAUGGACAUGGGGCUGGUGGCGACCGAGAUCAGCCGCCCGCCCUCUCACUGCCCCAGCCUGUGUGCGGACAUGGAGCAGGUGCCCGUGCUGGCCAGCGACCAGCUGUCGCCGCAGGAGUUUUUGAGGACUUUCGCCUACACAGGCCGGCCGCUGCUUGUGCGCGGGGCCACAAGCGGCUGGAAAGCACUCACUGACUUCAAUUUCACGUUCUUCCAGUUGAUGUACUUGAACCACAGCGAAGCGCUGCGGAAGACUGUGCAGGAGUGUCAGUUUUUCUCGUAUUCGUCGGGUUUCACCUCUCUGGCCGACGUGUUCAACAUGACAGAGGAGAGAGCGACCCUGAAGGAUGGCGGCCCCAGUUGGUACGUGGGAUGGAGCAGCUGCAGCGAUGAGCUGACUCCCAUCCUGCGAAGCUACUACCAGCGGCCAGCCUUCCUCCCUGCCAACUCAGAGAGCAGCACGCUUGACUGGGUGUUCAUGGGUUGGGCCGGCCAGGGAAGCCACAUUCACCUGGACAAAGUGCAGCGUCCGUCUUGGCAGGCUCAGAUCUCAGGAAUGAAAACAUGGGACCUGUUGCCACCCCCGGAGUGUGAAGAGGUUUGCCAUCCCCUGCAAGCAACACUUCAGAAGGGAGACAUACUGAUUGUGGACACCAACCAAUGGUACCAUUCCACCUACAUUCACCCUGGAGAAAUCUGCAUAUCCAUCGGCUCUGAGUACGACUGAUUACCAUUCAUUACCAUGACCUCCCUGUUUGCAGAGUAUUGCAAAUGCUGUGUGUGUUUGUAAGUGGGGAAAUUAUGAAGCGUUGGAUGUCACAUUCCAUCACAAUCCCCGGUCACCCAGGUUAAUUUCCUGUCCAUGUACACUGGUGGCAAAUAAUUCUGAAGUUAUCCAGGAUCUGUCUGAAAAUAACUGAAUUGACAAAGGUCUGUAACUUAUUGUUAUAAUUUUCACAUAUAACACUGAUAUUCCAUCGAGUAAUUGUGAAUUGUUGUCAUGAUCGAUGUUCCCGUUUGUAUUGGCAUGGCACACAAAGGAGUAGCUUUGGCUCCCCUAUUUCUGAUGUUAAAUUAAACACACACAUGCCAUGUCAGUUGUGGGAGUUGUUUUAUCCAUAUUUCACAACGCUGGUCAGUGCGGAUUGGUGAACGUGAGGAACAUAGGUGUUGGGGGGGGCAUGUAAGUACGAUACAAAAGAACAGUGGGUUUUUGUUGCAUUGCCCUCUGCAGACCACCACGUAGCUCCACAGUCACUUUUGGCAAACUGGCAUGCCUGGUGAUCAUCCAUCCAAGCACUAUCCAGGCUCAAGCCUGCUUAGCUCCUGAGAUGUGACGAGAUUGGGUGGAUUCCGGGUGAUUUGGUAAUUUGUACGCUAUGUAUGUGUAGUGACAUAGAACGGUCACUACUGUGUCGGCCCGUACGAGGGCUGGGGGCCCCAAGGGGGUGCCUGGGGGGUCACGUGGUGGAGGGAUCCGGACCUUCCCAGAGGUGGGGGAAGGGAGGCGUGGCCUGGGAAGGGAGGCGUGGCCUGGACAGAGCCAGCCACGCCUGGGCGGAGCCGGCCAGGCCAAAGCAGAUAUAAGCGUGGUGUGAACGCAGAGCGAGGCUGUUGUACUGUACUCCGAAGUGAAGACAUCAUCGGUCGUCAAGUCCCGAGUCGUCGUCCUGGGCCAGGCAGGCUAUUGCCUGCCUGGUCCAGUCUGUGUCGUGUUCCAGAGUGUUAGUGAGUUGAGGAAGGUGGUCACCACCUCAUGUACAGUGUUAUAUUACUUACCGUUUAAUAAAUAGUGUUGCCUCCAAGCUGCGUGUGUGUGCACCUAAUUCGAACCUACUACAUAUGUAUGCACAUUUAGACAGUAAUGGGAGAUGUGUUAAUAUCGAUGUUUCAGAUGUGAAAAUUGCUUUAAACUAUAGUUUCUCAAACCAUGACAGGUGGAUGAAAGUCCAUUGAGAUUAAAUACGCUAUCUCUUUUCACAACAGAUGUAUGAUGGCUGGGGAAGUAAAAUAUUUUGUUGUCUGACUUGGACCUGCCUCUGCACGGUUGUACCCUUGUUAAUAUGAGCAUGUGAUGCGUAAUUACAUGCUUCAGUAGAACUAAAAAAGGUUGCGUUGGAAAUAUUAGCAUGGAAAAAAACCUAUAAACAUGAUGAUUAAUUUCAGUACGUGUGAAGAUUGAGAGCGCACUGAAAUUGCUGUCAUGAUUGAGGCCAUUGACACAAAGCUUACUGCCUCUGCAUCCUGACAAGUCCAAAGGUGAGAGUGAGUUAGGGGUGGUGCUAGCGCAUCGGGUCCCUAAGCAGAACUUAUUCUUUUCGAUUUAAAGCUUUCGUGACUGCAGGGAUUCAUCUUCUUGGUUCUUUCGGUAAAGUCACGUA